AGGAAACAGAAACAGAAACACAGCACAAACUUAAUUGUAACCACUCAUCUUUUCUCACCAACUCGGUCAAUCACUUUUGAGAAAAAGAAGCUCUCCGAGUCAAUUGCACCUCUCUCUCUCUCCACAACCUCCCAUUUAUAUUCUCUUCUUCUACCUUCUUUUGUCUCCUCUCUCUCUCUCUCUCUCUUCCUACUCACCACUCUCUCUCUCUCUCUCUCAUCUCUUCAGCAACAACCAUGGCUAGAUCUCCCUGCUGUGAAAAACAACACACUAAUAAAGGCGCUUGGUCUAAAGAAGAAGAUGAACGGUUGAUAAAAUACAUCAAGUCUCACGGUGAAGGUUGUUGGCGUUCUCUUCCCAAAGCCGCUGGCUUGGCUCGUUGCGGCAAAAGUUGCAGACUUAGAUGGAUAAAUUACCUCCGACCUGAUCUCAAGCGAGGAAACUUCACUCGCGAAGAAGAUGAACUUAUCAUUCGUCUCCAUAACGAAGUUGGUAACAAAUGGUCUCAGAUUGCUCAACAAUUGAAGGGAAGAACAGACAAUGAGAUCAAGAAUUACUGGAAUACACACAUCAAGAGGAAACUCUACGGCCGCGGAGUUGAUCCUUCAACGCAUAAACCACUCAAACCCGCCUCCACCUCCGCCGUUGCUGGUGCUAGUACUUCCUCGACAACCACCGCCUCCGCCGUUGCUUCUUCAACAAAUCUUAUCAACAAACCGACUGUGAUUCCUGUGGUCCCCACAACCAGUGGCAGUAGCGUAAGCCACAAGAGCUUGAACACUAAAAGCGUGUUUCCGUUAUUCAGUUUCAACGGCGGUCUGGAUAAAAAGCUAGUUGUAACUGAUUCUGGUUGCGGCUUUCUGGAUAAAAAGUUAGUUGUAACUGAUUCUGAUUGCGGCUUUCUGGAUAAAAAGUUUGUUGUAACUGAUUCUGGUUGUGGAGGUGUUGAGGAUUCAGUUUCAAACACUAGUAGUGGUGUAACUAUAGAGGAAACACCUUAUCCUCCACAAAUCAACUUGGAACUUUCAUUGGCUCCACCAUUUCAGCAGCCACAAGCGGUGGCACCAUCACAAGGUGUGUGCCUUUGUAAUCAAGCUUUAGGGUUCCAUGGAAACGGACCUUGUUGCUGCAUGAAUACCAGGCCUACUACAAAUGGUGUUUCUGCGGCUGCUCCACCACCUACAACCACCGGUACCGGCAAUGAUUUUUUUAGAUUUUUCGGUGCCAGGUUUAUGAAGUUUUGAUGGAAAAAUUUGUAACCUUAGAAGUAAUUUAGACUUAAUCUUAUCUUUUGGUUUUAAUUAUUAUCAUAUCUGAGUUGUUAACGUUCUGACCAACGUCAACGACAAAGAACAGUAUAGUUGCAGUAGAAUCGAAUUUCGAAAUUUUUCGCAAAUUUUCUUAGUAUUAUUUUUAUUUAUAUGCGAUAGUUGACUGUGGAACAGAGAUUUGAACCAGUAUUUUGGCCUAAAAUUUUGGGUUUUUUUAA